AUGCAGAUAACCUCGACCUUGACUCAAAACAAAAUGGAGCCGAUCAACGGAAAUUUGUCUGUUGCCGCUGCGCCAAUUGAACCACUCACAGUUUAUGCUGCUGAACAAGUCGGUGGGGCUUUCUGUCAUCAUUUCUACAUCACCGUGUCGGAGAACCGUGCUUCAAUCACCAAGUUUUAUGGACACGAAUCAAAGUUUUAUAUGGAGGAUCAGACAGUUACUGGAUCGCAGGAGAUUGCGAAUUUGUACAACCAUCUGCCGGAGAGCACCCAUUUUAAGAUCCAUUGCAUCAAGGGAUAUCCAAGUCCACAUAAGCAAGGAGUGAUUGUCAAUGUUAUUGGAACCGUGAACCUUCGUCCAUUCAUGCAAACGUUUUUGCUAGGACAACAAGGUCAGAAGAAGUAUUACGUUGAAACUGAUGCUUUCCAAUACCUCGACGGUUAUUUCGAUUUCAAUAUCGAGCAGGAAAAAACGGUGUCGCCAACAGGAGUGAAUGGAAAUUCGAACGGUUCGAAUGGAAAGGUAACGAAGGCGAUAAAGACUCCAGAACAACCAAAGGAGCAACCGAAACCUGCCGCUCCGAAGCAACAAACACCAAAGAAAGCUGAAGAGACUUCUCGUCCAGCGAAGCAAGAUUCACCGAAAGCUUCAGAGAAGGAGGUGGUCAGAACUCCACAAAAACCCGAAACUGUGCAACAUCCACAACAACAACAGCCAAGAGCUCAGGCUCCACCGCAAGCUCCAGUUCCAGCUCCGGAGCCUGUUCAAGAACAACCAAAGGCUCCAAAAACCUGGGCCAAUCUUGUUGGAGGUGGUGCCAAACAACAGCCACCACAACAACAAAGCUACGGACAGGGACAACAAGCGCACCAACAGCAAAUGCACCAAAUGCAGCAAGUCGCCGCAUUGCACCAACAGCAGCAAGCCCAGGCUCAGAUUUAUCAGCAGCAGAGACAUGCCCAACAAUCAUCUCAACACCCUGCUAAUGACUUGCGUCAAGCUCAAGAGAACUCGGAUGCGAGUUUGAACGAGCGCAAGAUCUAUUUGGGUGGAAUUACUCGCGAAAUCGUUCCAAGUAACACUGCUCAAGCUGAGACCGAGAUCAAGCAAGUAUUCUACAAGUUCGGAGAGGUUGAAGAGGUUCGUAUGCCUCGUAAAGUCCUCGACAGUCCCAACGACACAUCGAAACAUGCGUUCGCCUUCAUUACAAUGAGAAACAAGGCUGGAGUUCAAGCCAUUUUCGCUGCUGCCACUCGCGAUGAGCAAGGAACUUGGAAACUUCCACUCAAGCUCGACGCCUUCGGAUUCGAGGGACAUGCUCAAAUUAGCGAGCAACGCGAUCAACCAGGUGGAGGAUUCAGAGGUGGUCGUGGCGGUUUCCAACCACGUGGUGGUCAAUUCUUCCGCCGUGGAGGUCCAGGAGGUGCUCCACGCGGGGGACUUCGCGGUGCAUUCCAAAACGGAGGACAACAUUAA